UGGGGAGAUGAGGUCGGCAGGAGUAAUCAUAGUAAAUGGAAGAUUUGGAGACUACCUUCAUCCAGACACGCAAAGCAUGUAGAAUAGAGCAAAUGGUAGCAAAAUGGCUUAAUCGCUCUCGGGAUGGUGCACCCAGGGGCAGAGUAUCUGUGACAGACAGCACCAGUGACAGCAGUGGCCAGCUUGCCAGCCGUGUCAAACUUAAUGUCACAGUAUACAAAGAUUUGGUCCUCAAUCACUACGGCUUUGAGAUUUGUCCAAACCUUCCUCUUACGAUUGCAUCUGUUACAGCAGGGAGCACUGCCGAAGGGAAGCUGCAGCCAGGUGACCAGCUCCUCCUGAUAAACUCUACCGCAGUGGAUGAUGUGUCUGUCGAAGCAGCUGCUAACAUCAUCAGGGAGGCCGGUGAUGAGCUUCUCCUAACCAUCCUGCGCUGCACGUCGGGCGGUCCUAAGUCAUCGUUUCUUACUGCAGAGAAGAGGGCAAGGCUGAAAACAAACCCCGUGAAAGUGCGGUUCGCAGAGGAAGUGCUGGUGAACGGACACACACAGGGGAGUUCUCUUCUAUGUAUGCCCAAUGUUCUCAAGGUAUACUUGGAAAAUGGACAGACGAAGGCUUUCAGGUUUGAGAGGAGCACUACUGUGAAGGACAUUGUUCUCACCUUGAAGGAGAAGCUCUCCCUCCGGAGCAUCGCACACUUUGCGCUUGCUCUGGAGGAGCAGUACAACGUGGCAAAGAUCCACCUUCUGCACGAGGAGGAGCUCAUUGAGCAGGUGGUCCAAAAAAGGGAAUCUCAUGACUACCGGUGCCUCUUCAGAGUUUGCUUUGUCCCAAGGGAUCCCUUAGACCUCCUUCAGGAAGAUCCAGUUGCCUUCGAAUAUCUCUACCUGCAGAGCUGCAGUGAUGUGCUUCAAGAAAGAUUUGCUGUGGAAAUGAAAUGCAGUGUGGCAUUGCGCCUGGCUGCUCUGCACAUACAGGAGAGGAUCUACGCUUGUGCUCAGCCACACAAAGUAUCCUUGAAAUACAUUGAGAGGGACUGGGGAAUUGAAAACUUCAUCUCACCAACUUUGCUCCGAAACAUGAGAGGAAAGGAUAUCAAGAAGGCCAUCAGCUACCACAUGAAGCGGAACCAGGUGCUACUGGACCCUCGGCAGAAGCAUAUGCUCACAGCAGUCCAGAUACGCCUGAGCUACCUGCAAAUACUGGGAGACCUGAAGAUGUACAAUGGGAGGAUCUUUAAUGCCACCAUGAUGCUCCAGGACAGAGAGUCAUAUGUUGCCUUGCUGGUGGGUGCCAAGUAUGGAGUGAGCCAGAUUAUCAAUAAUAAGCUCAACAUCGUAACAAGUCUGGCAGAGUUUGCAAACAUCAGCAGGGUGGAGUUUACAGAGGAGUCUGAAAAAGUGAGCAUGGUGAAAAUCUAUCUGCAGGAUUUGAAGGUGCUGACUCUGCUGAUGGAAUCAAACGGUGCAAAAGAUCUCGUCUGCCUCAUUGUUGGCUAUUACAGACUGUUCGUCAAUGCAAAUACCUCGAUAUUUACCUGGGGAGAGAAAAAGCAGCAACUGCACCGUGUGUCAGCUGAGGAAGGGUAUGAAUCUCGAACGUGCAGCGAUUCUGAAGACUCCUGGGAGCUGGAUUCAUCCUUAGAGCAUGGUUUGGACACUCCUGUAACACGCAGCAGUGUCCUUCCUGCAUGCAACAAGGAGGAACUGGGAGAGGUCCACGGCCUGGAGAAGGACAGCCCAAGGCCUCAAGCUGGAGGGAGCGACCAGUGCGAUGGGGGUGACAAUGCAACAGACAGCACAUCCGAGGCUUCAGAUUCAGCCAACACUGAGAGCCGAGGUUUUAAAACAAGUGGUUCCAGUGACUCUAUGGACGCAUUGGAGGAAGAUGAGUUGGAGGCUUGCUCUUCCUCCAGGCCAGAGUUCUUCCACUUCUACACACCAACAGUGCAGGAGAUGAGCAGCUCAGACAAGAGCUUUGUUCCCGUUUGUGCUGCAGGAAGCUCUGCCAGGGCAGAAACCAGAGACUACUUCUGUUUCUUGCAAGUACCACAUGCAGAGGAGUCUAGGUGUGAAGACAGUCCCUCUGAGCAGAGAGGGGAGGACGUUGGUGCAUCUAUGCUGGAGGCCAAGCUGUCUGAGGGAAAUGAGAUGGGCUAUUACAGCCUGUGCUACAACAUAUCUCCUGCAGGAAGUGCACCGUGUGGAGCAGAGCAGAUGGCAGAGGCGAGUGACCUCAUUUUAGAGCCACCCCCAGGCUUUGGUGACUCCAGCUCUGAGGAGGAGUUCUAUGAUGCUGCAGACAGGUUCAGUCCUCCAAAUGCCCUGACAGGCUACAAUAUAGUGUCCCAAGAGGGUACAGACAACUCCUCCUGUGUCCUAAAGAAAACAAGGUGUUACAGCUUGGGGGAAAACCUGAUGACAAGGCAGACAACAAGGGAAAAAAACAGAAAGGAGGAGCUGACAUAUGCCAAGAGCCUGAGGAAGAGGAGAUCCUUCCUGAAAACCAAUUACACCUCGCAGGUCACUUUUCCCUUGGCUUUGCCAGACUCUCUGCAGAGCUGCUCAUGGUCACCCCCACCACCGCUUCUUGCUCAGCCCCCCACUCCACCCUCCUCAGAGAUCAUCAAGAAUGAUGCAGAGCUGGGACUUCCUGCUACCACCCAGGCCCAGACAGACACUGCUAUCACUAAACCAUCCUCAGACCUGAUGGAAAUGGAGCCUGACACCAUGGAAACAAAAUCAGUGACUGACUCAGUGGUCUCUUCCAUUUCAGCUGUUCGCCUGCAGGGUGAGCUGCACAGGCAGGAAAGUUCAGGCAUUGCCAUAUAUGUGGAUGGUGUCCUCCAGCCUGCACACAAUGAACCUGCACCUUCCUUGUCUCUGGAGACAGCUGUGUCCCUUUCUGGUGGACAAAGCAGAGCUAACCAGGAAUGUUGCUUCCUAAAGACAAAUGCUGUGUGUCCAAGCGAGCAGAGCGGUGUGUCCGCUGGAGACGGGCUGGCCCUAGUGAUGCUGGAGGAGGGAAGUGAGGCAAUGGCAGCCCAGCACAAGGCUGGCAAUGUACCCCCACUCCUGGGCCAAGAGGUGACCUGCCUUGCUAAGGAACACACGCUGCUACCACCAGCUCAUGGCCCCAGUGUGGACUCUCCACAUGAGGUGGCCCAGGACCAGGAACCGCUCCCCACUGCUGUGAGGCAGGCAGUAUGUGAGGAGUCUGUCCCAGCUCCCUAUGAAGAAAGAAAAGCUGAUUAUGACAGCUGUGCUGAAAGCAGCAGUGACAGUGCCUUGUCACAGGCAAAAAGCAGACAAGUGGUGAACAAUGAGGCCUUACGGAAAGUGCACCAUAAAAAUCAUGUGGGGUUUCCAGAUGCCACCCAGCUCUUAACAGACUGCAGUAGCACUUCAGGGGUUGUAACUCGCCUCUCCUGGCUCUCAUUUGGGGUGAGGACAGACUUCACAUCACCCAGCCCAUCUCAGGAAAGGAUAGAUAACACACUAGAGUGCUUGGCCUCUCAGAAGACCAGUGGGUGCCUGGGAGCUAGUGUCAGAGGAGAGAUGCAAACUUCCACAGCUGGACCACCCUGUGAGAAGGAGUUGGUAAGCAGCCAGGGGCUGGAUGAAGGAGAGCCUAGAAAAGAUGCAGGAAGUGUAGCUCACAAACAGCUAUGGCCUGUUCAGACUCCCCUUUCCAAAGAACAGGCUACUGAGUUGGGUCAAGACUCUAAUCCGACUCCAUCUCCAGGGCUUUCCAUCUCCUCGGGUCCAAUUCCCUUGGGCUUGUUGGGGAAAAGAGCAGGAGGAGAGUCUGAGGCUUCAAAGCACUCUUUCCUCUGCUUUAACCACAAGGAUGAGCAGAAGCCUUCUGAUCCCAUCAUGACCAGGUCCUUGGAGUUGUCCGCAGUGAAGACACCUCCAUCACAGCUUGGGACAGACAAGUGCAGCUGUCAGGUUUUCUAUAUUGGCUGCUUCCACAAGCCUGAUGACAAGGAGGAAGGUGAAACUACCGUCCCAAUGUGCAGCACGUUUCUGAGGCCUCUCACCACCCCACCACCCAGCAGCUGCAGUCUGCCUGGGACCCCUGUCAGCAGGUACCCAGUCUCCACUGGUAGGGAUAUGGCAUGGUGGGACCCUCAUGUCCAAGCCCUCAGCCAGUUGAAGGAUCAAGCACGAAUGAGCCCUGCAGAUUUCUCCUGCUUUUUAGCCUACACCACAGAGCUUCAGGAGGUUGUAGGGAAGCUCUCUGUAAACCAAGCAACCCACCUGCAAGAUCAAUGUGCAGAGCAAGGUGCUGAGAGCAAGGAUGCCCUUGGCUUAGCCUCCCGGGAGCUGCUGUCUAGUUGCCAGGAGCUCUUGAAAACAGAGCAGCCCCUCAAAGAGCUGCAGGGUGCACUGAGGGUGACAUUUGAUCACCUGGUUCAGCUGGCAGUGGCCUGCUUCCAGGUAACACACUGCCAGCUGUGCAGACAGAGGCAGCAGGAGCUCGGAGCUGCGCUUGUAGACGUGGUGGGCACCUACCACCAGCUUGUGCAGGCUGUUCACCAGCAGCUUUCCAGGCAAGGCUGCCCAGAUCAGGGUGCCAAGCUCCUUGCCCGCCAGCACACAGCCCUUACAGCUGCCAUGUUUUGUCUGCUGCAGCAAUUCAGAGUACCUCCGUUGUUGUGA